UCUUAGGCGGAGCGGAGUGAAAGGUCGUCUCUCCUGGCCACCCGGAGAAGCGAGACUAGUUGAGAGUUGGAUGAAAUCAACGAGAGAAUGUAACGCAGCUGAGGGGAGAAAAGAAGAAAGACGAACCUUUUAAAAGAGAGAGCGAUCACGUUUACAGUUCUGAAGAAUAUAGGUAGCGUAGAAUUGUCACUGAGGUGUCGAAGUACAGCUUUGUUCAAAGAUCGUAAAGGUCCCCUCCCCUUCUCUUCGGUUUUACGGAAAGUCAAUCUGCGACUUACGUUGAAGCUCUUAUCAGGUUUAACGAUUGUUACCAGCACACCUGUUUCUGCUGUCAGGCCCAGUUUGAAGGAGAACCAAGCGUGCGUAGCCUGAGAUGUCUUCUAAAAUGCCGAGCUCUAACAACAUAGCACAGGCACGGAGGACAGUGCAGCAGCUGCGAAUAGAGGCCAACAUCGAGAGGAUAAAGGUCUCCAAGGCAUCAGCAGACCUGAUGCACUACUGUGGAGAGCACGCCAAGUACGACCCCCUUCUCAUGGGCAUCCCUGCGUCAGAAAACCCCUUUAAGGACAAGAAGCCCUGCACGAUAUUGUAGUGGGAGGCCUGAACUCACGCUUUUUAAUGUUCCUUUUUUUAUUGACAGAAAACAAUUUAAAGCAACCGUAUUCUAAGUUGUCUUAACUGUAAAGCAACCGUAUUCUAAGUUGUCUUCAGGCUUCUGCAGUCCACUCCUUACUAAAAACAGUGCAAGUUACUCUGGUUGGAUUAUAAGUAUUUCCCCUUUUACCUUCACUCACUGUGUUCUGACCGGUCAAAGGGAUGAAACACAAAGUGAACAUGCACACUAAUUUGUGUAAUGUCAGUUGUUAGUAAUCGGUACCCGUGGAAACAAAGCUCGAAGGUGAACGCUGAUAUUGAGUUCAGCAAAAGGUCUGCAAGGCAGCGAUGUGCAAUGUCUGAGAACUAUC